GGCCAGGGCUCGAACCUGUAUCCCCUGCAUUGGCAGACAGAUUCUUAACCACUGUGCCACCAGGGAAGCCCAGCACCAUUUAUUUUUAAUAAGUCCUCAGGAAGGAUGGUCAUACAGCAUUAACUGUAGGGUAGCUCUUUCUACUCUGUUGGUUCAGCACAUAUUUAUUGAGCUUCUACCCUGUGCCUGAGCUCUCUCUCCCUCCCUACAGGAUGUUUUUUCCCUCACAUGUUUUCCCUUCUCUUCUUGUUCUUUAUCUUCUAACUCUGUUCUUCCUCUCCCAUCUUUCCUCCCUUUUCCCCUUCUUCUUCCUGCAUUGGAUCCUUCCAGAAGAUGUUGCAUCCCCACCGGCGCCAGUGCUAAAAGACUGCUAGCAUGGGCAGAGCAGUGUUUUUCCUGGUGUCCUUGGUUUUAUUAUUUUUAAUCCCCUAGGUGUGAUUGUAAUAGUGUCGGUUUUGCAGUUUAAAGAAAUGAUGACAGUGCUUUGGAGGGCAUAUGGCAAAGGGGUCAUGAGCACGGAGCCCCAGCUCCACCAUGCUUUGUAUACUGCCUGGCACAUUGUACACACUCAGUGAUGUCAUUUCCUGUUCAAAAGCAUCAUUUGGGCCCUGUCUGCACAGAGUUCAUUGUUUCUAGUGUUUUUUAAAAUGUCCUAUAAAACCUCAUCUGGAUGGGACUUUCUGGGAAUUCAAUUUGUAAACAGGGGAAGAAAGCAGUCUAUUGUCAGACGUGGUGACUUAAAGAUCACCUUAAGGAAUUCAGGCUUCCUCAUAUCACCAAAAGCCAUGUGGGUUUAUUUAUUUAUUUAAUUAAAAAAUUUUUCUGGUCGCACCCCACGGCAUGUGGGAUCCUAGCUCCCCGACUGCACCCGCUGCAUUGGAAGCCCGGAGUCUUAACCACUGGACCACCAGGGAAGUCCCUGCUGUGUGGGUUUAAAUCUUUAAUAUUGAUAGAAGUAGUGAACACAGUUGGUGGGAGAGGGUAAGUGGAGGUUUAUAAGGCAAAAAAACAGCCCUAAUACAAUAAAUAAGCCAAAUUGUCUUUACCAGGUAUUGCUUGGAGUGAACGGACUAAUGCAAGAAUUUUCCUAGAAGUAAAAUAUGCCUUCAGUAAAAUUUCAAAUGGUACAAUUUGCUCUUUCCACUUGGCAAUAUACCUUGGAGGUCUUGCUCCAUCAGCAGUUUGGGAUUCAUCUUGUUUCAUAUGGCUGUGGAGUAUUUAAACAGUCCUUCUGAUGGACACUUAACCAUUGUUUCCUGGUUUGGUAGCUACAGGCCCAGGCUGUGGGUGAAUAGGGACCAGGAUGGGAGAAACGGUAUGAUCAGUAGAGAUCAGAUAAAUAAGCAAGUGAUUUUAUUGGCACACUGUAUCUGGUGAUGUUAACAAGAUAAGCUGUAGGUAGGAUAAUUUCUCAUCAGAUUGGAGAUAUAUUUAGAGCCUGUUUCUCAUUAUAUAAUGAAAAGCUACUAAUUGAGUAGCAGACAAUGAUAUGGGUAAUAACUUACUAACUGUCACUUAAGUGAGUUCAAGGAUGACAGGUUUCUUUCCUGUAUGAGGUACUGGAUACAUUUUUUUUUAACUCAGAUAUGGCAUCGGGUUCUAGUUGUAUUCUAAAGAAAAACGACAGUGCAGUAUUUUAUUUAUAGUUCUGUACUCUGUGAGUGUGUGUGUUGGAGGUUGGAGAUGAGUUAUAUGUAAUACACCUUACAGAAAUCUGCCCUUCAAAUACAAAAUCAAUUCACCUCUUACCUCAAACCACUCUUCAGUUCCCUUUCAGUAGUCGGUUUUUUUUUUAAGAAAAGCAACUGGGAUAAGAUCUUACAAGUCCUUAAGAUGGCCUUUAUUGCUUUUAACCUAUCGCUGAUUUCAUUUCCAGUUACUUCCUAAUAAGACAGCUAUUCUACCCUGUCUUCAUCUAGAUAAGCUCAUCUUAUUUUUGCCUGAAAUUGUUGCAAACUCCCAGAUCUGCUAGAUUUGAGAAAACUUGGAUCUCAAUAAGUAAUUGCAUCUCAGUUGGUUAUGAGUGGCAUGGAUUUCUUUUGGCUUGUUUAAAGUUCAAAACUGACAGUAAGCAGGGUUAGUAACUCAUCUGGGGAUAUAAAACAUCUUCACAGCCUGGUAUUCAAUGAAUGAACAAAGAUAAAUUGAAUUCUUAAUUAUAACUACUAUAAAUUAGAUGCUUCUGGAUUUUCCUGUUUUACAGCUCUUGUCUCUAAGAUCUUGACAGCUUAGAUUCAGCUUUGCUGUUGUGUCCUAAUAGUGCUUUGCUUAAUAAGUUUCAGUGGAAGCUAUAGAAACUUAGAGGUAAAAUAUAUUCUUGGAAAAACAUCCAAAAAUGGGUAACUGAGGUUUACUCUCAAAGAUCAUGAUCCUAUUGAAGAAAAGAGUUAAGUACAACUACUUUUCAGUAGUUCUUCCCUUCAUCAUAAUAGGUUCUUCAUCUGCCUGGGAGGGGCCAGAGGAGAAGGCAGGAAUUGUGCAUCCCACGGGACCUCACCUCUGGAGCUCCCAGGAAUGCCGUUGUAGGUAACAUUAAGCCCACUCUCAUUGUAACACCUUUCAUUAGUGUUAAAUGCAUUGUACACAAUGGAUUAUGUGUACAAAUAAAUGCUUAUGGUGCUUUUCACUAAGGCUAGGAACUUGUUUAAAGACUCAAAAUGUGUGAAAAUACACAGCCUACCUAGUCAGGCAGGAGGGUAGAUAUUGCCUGUGCCCUUUGCUCUGAUCAGGACUGGAAUUGUGAGGAAAGCUGUCUCCUAUUCUCCAUGCCCCGCUUGAGAGGAACAAGGUUAAGCAGCCACCUAGGAAUAUCCUGAAGGGAAACAUGGAUAACUUGUAAGCUACUUAUUCUUGGAAAUAUAUAUAAGGUAUAAAGGAUGGAUGGGGCUGGGUUCCUGUGUUCUGACCUCGAUGGCACACAGGUUGCAUCAUCUCUGCCUGCCUUCUAGAUACUUACGAAGACACGGGUUUGUGUCUUGGGCCUCUGAGAGGAUUUGGCAAUGAACCCUUUGAUACCCAAAACUUUUCCAGGAGUGGGUUUGGGUGUAAUGAGGUUUUUCUCUCUCAGUUCAUGUAAUUUUCUCGCCAAACGAGAUUCACUGCACAGUUUUGAAUCCUACUUUUAAAAUGUGGUAUCUGCUGUGACUUAAAUAUUCAGUGGGGCGAUUUAUAAUGGGAGUACCAUAAUUUAAAAUUGGAUUUUCCUACUUUGCGUCUGAGAAAAUGGGAGGCUUAUGACCCUGGUCCCCUCCCCAUCUGCCAGCCCUCUCUUUUCUCGGUGGCCCCCGAUGUGGUCGCGCGCCAGGGAUUCGCGCCAGGCUGGGAGCGCCCGUGGCUGGGCGAACUGCUCUCGGAAAGACCUUCCGAUCACCCCCUCACCCUCCCCCGCGCCCACCGCCCCUAGCCCGGCCCCGUCCCGCGCCCGCACCCUCCGCGCGCAUUGGUGCAGCCGGCUGUCUGUCCCCGCCCUCUGGGGGAGGGGGCGCCGCGGGGCUGCGUUCUCUGCAGAGGGCUGCUUGCUCCGGGUGCGACCGUGGCUUCCCGCCUACCCGUGCGCCCAGCCCAGCGAGCGCCCCCGCGACCUCGGCGACAGCGUCGACCAGGGACCCCGGCGCCCGCGGUAAGUGAAGAGGGCGAGUAGGUUGCAGGUAAAGGGUGCGGACCGGUGCACCUGCGCGGCAAAGUGGGCGGGAGGUGCCCACUGGACACCGGGAAUCCGGGCCGCCCGAGGUGGCCGGAGUGAGAAUCGGGAAGGUCGUUUGUCUGCAGAAAUCUCCAGCCAGCGCGACCCUCGAAAGCUCUGCCCACAUCUAUCCUCUGCGCGUUACAGCUCGUGUUGCUGGUAGCUUUUUUCCUUCUUUCCCCUUUUGGGGGAAAAUAGAGUGCCGGGUUCCUGGACAUUAUAAUUGUGCAGAUAGCUUGAAGCUGGUUUAUGUCUUCCACGCCCGCCCCAGCACUUUCCUUUUUGAGUACUUUCUGCUACGCUCUAGCUCCUGCCAUAAGGCGAUUCAAGCCGAAGGAGAGACGCCCUCCUCCAGGAGAAAGCUUCGUGGUCCACACCUGGCGCUGGGAGAGAUUCACUGCUUUCCCCAGGAAGUGGCUGCUCUUUGCCUCCGUGCUUCUCUGCUCACGGGAAAAGGGGAAGGGGUAUUUUUUGUGGCAGUAGACUUGCGAUUCUAUCAGGAAAUUACAACAGGGACUUUAAGAUUGCCCAGGCGAUAAAACUAUUUGUGCAGGUUAAGGGAGAAUCAUUUGCAGUCUAAUGUCCUGCAAAGUUUUAGUAUCUACAGGCUGCAUUUUCCCCAUUUCAGUUAGGUUUUGUUUGGGUAUUUAUUUCUGCAUCAUGAUAUACAUUUAAGUGAGCUUCUCAAGCAGUUGUCUUUGGGCAAUCCAGAUUAGUUUCAAAUGAUGCAUUCCUAAACAUGAUCCGAUUUCAGUAUUUCUAUUAGCUAUACAGCCUCUGGUUAAUAAAAACUCUCAGGCACUGAGAACUCACAAGAGGUGACGAGACUUAAGGAGCUAUAAUCAGCUGUGGUUCUUGUGCUUAUGGAAACAUCGUAUGAGGAGGGACACUGUAAAAUGUUCAUAUUUUAGUUCCAUCAUUGUUCUAGGAUGACUUUGCCUUUCUGUCAGGGGCAUGGAGUAUGUAACACUCAACCUAAGAGAAUAUUUACUUAGAUCAUGAACUGAUUUUCAGAGUUCCAAUUCCUUCUGUGGUUCACAGAAUCAAGAGCUACCCAAAUAAACCUUCAACAGUGAAGGAUUUACAAAAAAAAAAAAAAAAAAAAAUACAAAGAAAGAGUCCCUUUGCUUAUUUUAGGACAUCCAUCAACUAAAAUUCAUAGGAUUUUUGUUAGGUGAUCACCUCACGUCUCUAUUCAUUGGUACCCUCAUACCGUUCUGUGGAUUGAUUUAAAAUAUACCUUUAUAUUUAUAUGUAACUAAUCAGUUUGCCAAUUGCAUAUCUUAUCAACUUAUUUCUGGCUUUCAAAUUAGUUCCAGAACCACAAAAAUAAAAUAUAAAGAACUGCAAAAGCUUAAAUUUUAAAAUAGCAAGAACUCAGUCUAGUCUUGGUUCAGUUAUCAGUUGAUGGGCUACAUUAUGGUAACACAACCAUUUAAGCAAUUUUAAAAUUUUUUUGACUAGCGAGUCUAGUGCAGAUUAGCAUCUCCAAACAAUUCAUUUUUCUGAUGAAACUCUUAAAACCCAGUUCCAGAGGACAGGCUUUAGAAACAGGCAAUCUUGGGUUGAAUCUGAGCUCUGUUAUCGAUUAGCUGUAUAAUCUAGAGCAAGUUACUUAACCUCUCUAGGCCUCAAUUUCUUCAUCUGUAGAUGGUGAUACCACCACCUACUCUGUAAUGUUGUGGGAAGAUUAGAGAUGUAAAAGUGCUUAUUAGCACUUCCUGAUAGACAGGAGUUGCUCAAUAAAUGUCAACUAUUAUUACCAUUCACUCUGACCUUCAACUAUGUGCUCGUUAUGGAAAAUGUCUGAACUGCAGAUACUUAGAAAAAAAAGUCAAAAUUACACAAACAGAUUUAAGAGUGGAGAAUGACAGUAAUGUUAAAAAUUUCCCAAGGCAUGUAUGAAAAGUAGCACCUCCUUCAUGGAACAUACAUUUUUAGAACAGAAACCUUAUGGUAUAAUGGAAAGAACAUUAGAGAGUCAAAGUCUUCAGUUCUAACUCUGGCUAUGACCUCAUCUAACUGUGUGGCUUUUAGCAGGCCAGCUGCCCACUCUGGAGCUCAGUUUCUUCAUCUGGCUCGACUUGAAUAAUCUCAAAUAAUCUCUAAGAUCCUUUGCAACUUCAGAGCUCUUUACUGCAUUAAUAAAAAUUACACCCUGCCCUUCAUUGUUUUUUGUUGUUCAUGGUGGUGUGGUGGUUUUUGUUUGUUAACUUGCAAUUCAGAGUCAUAAACGAUUCGUAAAGACAACACAACUCCAGAACUGAUAAAAUAAUAUCAGAUUUGCAGAGUAAUCCAAAAUGAAGUUUUAACAAACAGACAGCAAAAGAAAUUCACAGUGAAAUCUUUUGGAUAGGGCAAAAGUAAACCCCAAUUUUUAUUCUUCAGUCAUUUUAGUAAGUUAUUAUAUGGGAAACAUGCCCAGUAGAACCAUAUGCAUUCAACUGAAAUAGUCUCUAUAGAAAACAGUAGGCUGAUGGUGAAAUAAAAUACCACUCUCUUUUCUCUUAUCAGGUUGACCCUUAAAUAAAACAAAAAUCUAUCCAGUAAAAGGGCUUUCAUGAAGAAAUUAAAGAGAUAAAUUACAAGUAAUAGUGAAACAAGGCAUUUUUAUAACUGGAAAAACCACCUAAAACAACUGUAUGGAGUAAGACGAAAGGAGUGAUUACAUCGGGAAGAAAUUUUACUUAGUGUGAUAUUUUUGCCUACUUUUUUGUCAUAAAAGGCUGCUAAGGAAGAGAGGAUACAGAUUUCUAGAGAAAGAAAGAGUGUAAUAUAAAAAUGGAGAUCACAGUUCCUGAAAUACAAGUAGAAAGCAAGGAUGAAAAGAGAUCAGCAGAGGUUAGUCCUCAGAAUGAGAGGCAGGAGGAAAAAGCAUCGACGCUUUGCUUCAAGAGAAGAAAGAAAGCAGCCAAAGCAAUGAAGCCCAAAGCUGGCUCUGAAGCUGCUGAUGCAGCAAGGAAGCGUCCCCCAGAAGCAGGAGCUUCUUAUCAGCCAGAGCCCCCCGGGGGGGCCUGGGCUUCCAUCAAACGCCUUGUAACACGCAGCAAAAGGUCAAAUUCUUCAAAGCAGCCAAAGCCCUUUGAGGCCAAAGUGCAACCUGAAAUCAAUGCUGAGGAUGAUAAUUCUAAAAAAAAGGCAAAAUCCAGACUCAAGAUUCCCUGUAUAAAAUUCUCAAAAGGGGAGAAAAGAAGUAAUCAUUCCAAAAUUAUAGAAGACUCAGACUGCAGUAUCAAAGUCCAACGACAGGCUGGAAGUUUGGAUACAAAAACUCUGACCCAAUCAGAUGACCAGGCAGCAAAGACCAAGUCGAAGCAGGAUGUAAGGGAAGAUGUCUCACAGAAAGGGAGUGAUGAGGUCUGUGAAUCAAAUGUGAACAACAGCAUAACUUCUCCUGGAGAGAAAGUGAUUUCAGUAGAACUUGAGUUAGAUACAGGGCAUUCUGCUAUUCAAACAGGAACUCUAAUCCUUGAAAAAGAUAUUGAAACGCUUGAGGAAAAACAAAGCAUUCAACCUCAGCAAGCAAGCCCACUGGAAACUUCAGACACAGAACACCAGCUCCCAGUGGUUUCUGAUGUUCCUCCCUCACCUGCAGUCCCAGAUCAACAAAUUCUGGAAGAAGCCAGAAACAGUAUCCUAGAAAGUGGACCAGACUGGAAAGACCGUGAAAGUAAAGAGACUGUUGCUGAGGAGAGCAAGCCGAAAGAUACUGAACUGAGCCAGGAAUCAGAUUUUCAAGUAAAUGAAAUCAUUGCAGAAAAACCCAAACCAGAAGAAAGCAAAAGAAUGGAGCCAAUUGCUAUUAUUAUCACAGACACUGAAAUCAGUGAAUUUGAUGUUAAGAAAUCUAAAAAUGUCCCUAAGCAAUUCUUAAUUUCAAUCGAAAAUGAGCAAGUGGGGGUUUUUGCUAAUGAUAGUGGUUUUGAGAGUAGAACUUCAGAACAAUAUGAAACACUCUUAAUAGAAACAGCUUCUUCUCUUGUCAAGAAUGCUAUCCAGUUAUCUAUAGAACAGCUGGUUAAUGAAAUGGCCUCUGAUGAUAAUGCAAAAAGCAAUCUUCUACAGUGACUUAAUUUCCACAUCAUGGGAGGGAAAAAAUGCUUAAUGGUAAAUUAUUUUACAUAUUUGUGGUAUUUCUUAUUCAGUAACAAAUGAGAGAUUUAACAUCUGUAGAAUUUAAAGGUACAGUUCAAACCCAGAAGUGCUAAAGAAUUAAGUUGUAAAAUCCUCCCUUAUCACUGAAAUGUAGCCACUUCUGGAUUGAAGGAAGUCAGUACAGAUUGCAAUGAAAAGUAAUACCUAGGAAAUUGCUAAAAUGGUUUGUGGAGAUUAGACUGCCUGGGAGAAGCAAGAUGAAUUUAUUGAGCACUUGCCGUAUGCCGUAAGCUCUUUAAUGUCCUCUGAUGUCACAAAGCCUGGUUUCCUUUUAAAAGUUCAACACUGUGUAUAGGUUAACAUCGCAUUCUGUUUUCAACAACUUUUUUUUUACAGUGCACUUUUAUGUUGUAUAAAUGGUGAUAAGGUGAGCUAUUUUUGUGAAUGUGUGACUUAUAGCUGUUAUACUCCUAGGUAGUAGUCUUACCUCAAAAAAAUACUGCAGGGCUUCCCUGGUGGCACAGUGGUUGAGGGUCCGCCUGCUGAUGCAGGGGACGCGGGUUCGUGCCCCGGUCCGGGAGGGUCCCACGUG